UCUCUCUCUCUCUCCUUUCUCUCAAGUCUCACCCCAAAAAAAAAAAAAAUUGUUUAUGUUUGCCAUGGGAGAACCUCAAGAAUUGCAGCUUUCCAUAAUAGAACCUGAUGAAGCCAAAGAGAAGAAUCUAAAUAGGGAUACAGAAUCUCACUCAGACAAGAAAACAAGUCCCAAUGGAGAUACCGAUGAUUUCCCUAAUAAUGAAGCCACUGCCAGCACCACAAUCAGAAACCAAAAGAGACAUCAACGUUGGUUAAGAAUAGGCUUGUAUACUGUCUCUGUUUUACUGGGCCAAUCAACUGCAACACUCUUGGGAAGAUUGUACUACCAAGAAGGUGGACACAGCAAAUGGUUGGAAACACUAGUCAUUGUUGCGGGUUUCCCUGUGCUCCUGCCGUUUUAUUGUAUUGCUGCAUUUGAACUCCCCUCCGCAACAAAUACCAUUCACAAUCAUGAACAACCCCCUGUUUCAAAGCUUGCAUUUGUGUAUGUCUCCCUUGGCCUUCUUGUUGCAUUAGACAGCUACUUGUUCUCUGUUGGUCUCUCUUACCUUCCUGUUUCUACAUUUGCUCUUAUUUCCGCCUCGCAAUUAGCCUUCAAUGCUUUCUUCUCCUUCUUCCUUAAUUCGCUCAAAUUCACACCUUACAUCAUAAACUCCUUAGUCCUUUUAACAAUGUCCUCCGUCCUCCUUGUCUUUCACAAUGAUUCUCCAUCAGCAUCCGCACAAGUUUCAAAAAAGAAGUAUGCGAUCGGGUUCAUAUGCACAGUUGCUGCUUCAGCUGGAUAUGGACUGGUGCUUUCUCUGACACAGUUGGCUUUCAGGAAGGUUUUGAAAAAGCAAAGUGUCAAGGUGAUUUUGGACUUGUUAGUGUACGAAUUCUUUGUGGCAACUUUGGCAAUACUGGUGGGGCUGUUUGCUAGUGGGGAAUUUAGAAAUUUGCAGGCAGAAAUGAAGGAGUAUAGAACGGGGAAGGCAAGUUAUGUGCUGAAUCUGAGCUUCACUGCAAUAUCAUAUCAAGUUUUUAAUGUGGGAACUAUGGGUUUGAUUCUGGAGGUGUCAUCAGUGUUCUCAAAUGUGAUAAGUGUUGUGGGUUUGCCAAUUGUACCUAUUUUGGCGUUAGUGUUCUUCCAUGACAAGAUGAACGCGUUGAAGGUGAUAUCCUUGAUACUUGCUCUUUGGGGCUUUUUAUCAUACACGUACCAGCAGUACUUGGAUGACACCAGUUCUCCUACUGAUGAGCACAGAAACAGCGAUGAAUUUCGCAGCAACCCAGUAUCAGAAGGGAUUAAUGGAACAUAUGGGCAAGUAGGGGUAGUUCGUUGAUGCACUUUAAGAGAAAAAUAGUGGUUGGAAGAAGCAUAGAUCAAUCAAAUCUGGACCCAAUAAUUGAUGGAUUCCUGUAUGGUUAUUGCAUUAAUGCGAAUAAAUCGAGUCAGUUAAAACUUUCUCAACACAAUGUUACAAAUUCUCGAUGUGAUCUGACGCAGAGAUGCAAGAAUUUUUAAGCAAGCACGGUCAUAUGUGCAUGUAUGAACUAACCAUAUAGGUAAACUUUUAGAAAUGCAGAAACAACUGACAUGAAAUUUUCUCA